UGGUAUGCUUGCUAUCUAAGCUGUAAUUUUCUCCUAUUCAGCCCGUAUUCAUAUGUUUUUGUGGAAGUUUGUGUCAGCCGACAUUGGACAGGUCCUUGAACAGCAGAAAGGGGCAGAGCAGAACCUGAAAGCAGCCCGUCAGUUUGAGAGAGAGUCUGGGAGACUGUCAGAUGCCACCCGUGAGCUGCACAGAUCCCAGAAGGAACUGAACCGCACGCUAGAGGAGGACCCACUGUCCCCUGACAACCUGGCCAAGGUGCAGAGAGACAGUCAGUUUGUGGGUCACGUGAUUGCUGAUGUGUUGGCAGAGCUGCAAGAGAAAGGGACCUUUCACAGCUUGCUUUUCGCUGUGGAAGAAGAGAAAAGAAGGAAGGCCAACCUCCAGGACAUAAUAAUCAGGGAGGAGGGCAGCCGGCGGAGGACCAAAGCUCUUCAGAGACAGCUGCUUGACAUCCGCAAGGAAAAAAACUCUGGAGCUGCAGCGACGUGA